UAGUGUGUUUAUGUAGAAGAUCAUCAGGGGGACUUUUGUUCCCUCUUCUUUGGGAAACUCUCACUGGGUUUCAAUCUGGGACUCUCCACCAUUUGACCUUAGAACUGAAGAAGCCUCUCAGAUGAGAGGUGAAACGUCUUCAAGCAACUCAAAGAAGUCCAGAUGCUUUUCUUUCAAAGCUCCUUAGAAUGCCAUUCAAAAGAAAUUUGCCUCUGGCCAAUAUCUUUAACAUCGAUGCUGGUGUGUGUAUUUUGUCACAGCUAUUUUGUGUGUUUGACUCUGUUGGUGAGCGGUACAUUUCCUGCUUUUAAAUCCUGUAGCCACAAAAUGAUCAGCAUUAUCCUUGCGUUUCUAUGAGGUUCCAAAUGUGCCAAAAAUAUUAGUCCAUGCCUUUGUCUAGUUCAUAUGUUCACUAGUGAUGUGUCGGUCGCGAACGAACCGGCUCUAAGAGCUAUGAAGUGAACGACGGGAGCCGGCUCGUCAAUGGGACAGAAUGCGACUCAGCUUUGCAAUGUUCCUGAGAUGGAAAAAGGAAGAGCGAACAAGAGAACUGACAGGAGAAACCAGGGUGAGAGCUGGGUUAAAGGUCACACCAAGAUUCCUGACAGAAGGUUUGGUGUGAGAAGCAAGCUGACCAAGAGAGUCUCUGACUUUUGGAACCAGCUUGUCUGGGGCACAGAUGAGGAUCUCAGGCUUCAUUCAGAUGAAGAAAGCUCCCAGCCAUCCAGGUUUUAAUAGAGUCUACGCAGGUAUGUAACAGCUGCAGCUUAGACAUCUCAUGGGGCUUAAAGGAGAUGUACAGUUCGAUGUCAUCUGCAUAAAUAUGGUAGGAGAUUCAUUUAAAGGAGCUCAGGAUUUGCUGAAGAGGAUGCAGAUAGAGGAGGAAGAGCAGAGGCCCUGGAACAGAACCUUGUUGGACACCAUGGGUAAGGGAGGUGGUGGAGGACAUAAACUUGGAGACGGCCACAGAAAAGGAGUGCUCAGAAAGAUAAGAGGAGAACCACUCCAGAGCAGUUCCUGAUAGGCCUACCCAGUCUCUCAGCCUCUCCAGUAGCAGGUGAUGGUCAACAGUGUCAAUGGCCGCAGUCAGGUCCAGCAGGACCAGAACAGAACAGUCCCCUGCAUCACUGUGAGUCAGAAGGUCUUUAGAGACCCUAAGAAGAUCUGUUUCAGUAGAAUGAGCUUAACGAAAACCUGACUGGAAGCUAUUAUAGAUGUUAUGUUCAUUAAGAGCAGCUGUGAGUUGUUUAGCCACAGCCUUUUCCAAGAUCUUGGAGAUGAAAGGAAGUUUAGAGAUGGGUCUGAAGCUGCUACGGAGAGAGGGGUCAAGACUCGUUUUUUUAAGAAGCGGAUGGAUUACAAUGUUCUUAAAGUAAGCAGGAACCUGACCAGAGACUAGAGAAGAAUUAAUUAUAGAGAGCACGCUGGGACCAAUGGACUGAAAAGCACUUUUAAACAAAGAUGAGUGUAAGAUAUCGAGGGGGCAUGCAGAGGUCUUCAUAGAGAUAACUAGUUUGUUAACUCAGGCAAAGAAACAGGAGCAAAGCUAUCUAGGAUGACGGGCUGGGUUGGAGUUGGAAGAGGCAGAGAUAAGGCUGAAGGAGAGAUGCUAGAUCUAACCUUGUUGACUUUGUCCACAAAGAAAGACAAAAAGUUUUCACAGUCUGCAACAGAGUGGAAGGAGGCCAUAGGAGAGGCUGGAGAAAUAGGCAACCCUUGCGUCUCUGACUGCAGAGUUAAAGGAUGUCAGAAGAUCCUUUAGAUGCAGCAGAUGGACGUGGAGACGGGUUUUGUUCCAAAAGCGUUCAAUGUUUCUGCAUCGGCGCUUCAGUCUGCAAAGGCUGUCAUUAAACCAGGGAUUAGGGUUCACUGCAGGAACUAAUCUGGUUCUGACAGGACAGGUGUUGUCCAGAAUGGAGAGGCAGUGCUCGAAGUUAAGGAAUCUGGGUCGUUAUCAGAAGAACAGAGUGGGUCAAAAGCACCAGAAAAUUUGCUAGCUGUGCUGUUAUUAAGAAAACAUGAACUAACCAGACGGCAAGCAGGAGGUGGGGAUGCAGAAACUGACAAGUUAAAGAAAAUGCAGAGGUGAUCAGAAAUAUAAACGUCCUCAGGACAAACACUGUCAGCAUUUAGACUCAGGGUAAAAACAAGGUCUAGAGUGUGUCCCUUGGUGUGUAUGGGGCCAGAAACAUGCUGGGUAAAGCUGAAGCAGUCGAUAAGGCUGGAGAAAUUCAUGGCAAAGUGAUCAGAGGCAUCGUCAACAUGAAUGUUAAAAUCACCAACAAUCACCAGUCUGGACAGCUUCACAGUGGAGGAUAGAAAGUCACUAAACUCCUGAAGGAAAGAACUGUUUGGACCAGGUGGUUGAUAAACUACAGCACAGUAGAACGGGUCCUUACGCCCGACUUUAAUCAGCUGCAGUUCAAAGGAAGCAAAGUGACCAGAGGUUGUAGAGCUACAUGGAAGAUGGUCUCUGAAAACAACAGCUAGGCCUCCACCACGACCAGAACCCCGAGGCUGGCUAAGAAAAGAAUAAUCACUCGGGCAAAGUUCAAUCAGAGCAGAAUAAUCAGAUGUUUGCUGCCAAACUUCAGUCAGAAACAGAAAAUCCAGGUUUUAAGAGAGAAUUAGAUCAUUGAGCAGGAAGGACUUAUUGUUAACAAAGCGGGUAUUUAAUAGAGCCAUUCUGAGUGAGGAGGAAUCAGAAACUACAGAAACAGCUGGAGUUAGUGGACAUAAAUUAGCAGGGUUAGAUCCACGGUGUUUAUAAAUACCACUUAUGGAGGGAACAGGAGGGGAAACCAGUGAAGAAUGAGGAUAAACAGACCUUAAAAAACUUGGACAGAGAGACCGCGCCGCAACGUGGCCGGGUGGGAAUGCAGAAGUGGCGCUCAGGUCAUCAAACAAAGGACACGAAGCUAGAAGAUCACGCCGAUGUUUACCAGAUAAACCAUGCUUUAAGAGAAGUGUUAUUCCCACCUGGAUUCCUGCUCGUUUACCUCUUUUGCUCCGACGUUUUCCUGGGACUGGAUAAACAUUGCUGGAGGUGUCCUGGUAGGAAUCAUCGUUUAGUUCCGGGCCAGCGUGCCGCUCAGGUAAACAAACAGGGAGGUACAUCCUUGGUGCAUCUUGGACGAUCGUGAACGAACGGAAGGACAAACGAGUCUGGCGAUCAUAGGAGAUGGUGGCAGGGACACUACCAAAGAGGAUCGCAGACAGAAGCAAGGUGGAAAAGAGGAGGUUAGUGGGUAAAAUUUUGAGAAAGUGGCCGGUGCACAGGUGUUAUCUUGUUACCGACCUCACCAGAGAUGAGAUAACAUGGCCAACAGCUAACAGCUUGACAACCGGCUCUAAUGACAGAACAAGGGUACAUCAGGUAACAUCACGCAACAACAUCAGGUAGGACAUGGUGUCGUUACUUGAAGUUGUUACUUGGACAAUAUUUAGACUGGAGCCAUGUGCAAACCUGUGUAUGAGCUGUAUGUUUGGGACGUCAAAUGACUGCAGUGCAAAAAAUAAAAAUAAUCAUCUAUGAAUUACAGCUCUUUGUGCUUUGCAUUUUGUUGAGGGUGUUCAUGCAAAAUAUAUUUGUUUUUCUGUCAUUUACAGGGCAUGCAUAGUGUAUAAAGAGCUUCCCAUCAUGCAGAUCACACAAACAACCUGCUGGUCUUGAUUUUUGCAUCAUUUCAUCUCCAUUGAGUUUGUUGAUCUGGACCAGAAAUACUGAAUGUGCUGCUGAAGAGAUGUCUUCCAACUCUUCAUUCUUCAACAACUCCUUUCUCGGGCAACAAUUUCCCACCUUCAGCUGCUUUUCAACCAGUCUGUUUGUGUACAUAGUCGGCACGUUCUGUGUCACCAAAAUCCUCCUCCUCCUUCCUCUCUGCAUCUUCAUCCUCUGCUUUGGCGUCCAACAACUGCAGCUAAAGACCUCAACAAUGAGCCACUGUGACAGCUUCACCUACCACCUAGCCAGCAUGGAGAUGAUCGGAACUCUCGGCUGGAUUGUCAGUUUUUGUGGAAGCUGCAUGAAAAAUCGUGCAAUAUUCAAGUUAGCCUCAGCUUUCUUUCCGAACCCUUGGUAUGGACAAAUAUUCUUUCACACUUUGACCUGCAUGGAGCGCUACCUGGCUGUCAUUCACCCCAUCACCUAUGUGACCCUAAAAAAUGACAAAUGGAUCAGAAUCAGAAACCGCACCAGUGGUUGCAUCUGGCUGCUUUGUAUUUUUGCAAAUGCAUUUGUGUCGAUGACUAACAUCAUUUAUUUAGAGACUUCCUUGCUAACGUCAUCCACAAUAAUUGUCUUCUACUGCAGCCUGGCGGUUCUCUGGGUUCUGACUCGUCCAGGUCCAGGAGAACUGGGAAACGGCAGAAAGAGGGUUGAACAAUCAAAACUAAGGGCUUUCUACAUCAUUAUUGUCUUUUUGAUGAUACUGAUGCUGAAAUUAUCUUUUGGUCUGAUAGCUGCUGGUUUAGAAGUGAUGAGCAAGAUGGAUGUCUGCACAAUUACAGAAUUGACUGUCUGGUUCAGUCUACCUAGCAGCCUAGUUUUACCUCUGCUGUUCCUAAAAAAACGGAAAUAUUUGGUGUGUUGCAAGUAAAUAAACAGCCAGUAGAUAGUAAUUGAUGUCACCUAGCAUGUUAACAAGCAACUGUCACUGUUAGAUAAAAACUGAUAUUAUCAUUAUUGAACUAAUAUCAAUGUCUUGACUGUUAAACAUUUGGUGUCUUAUUAAACGUAGCUUCAUUCUUUUUCAUCCGGUUGAUAGAAACCAGGCUCCAGUAGGUCUUACAGGGAGGAGUAGAUUUAACGAGGAGGAUGACCUUGCCUUGGCACUGACCUUUAUCAGUAAAACUCCCUUGAGAAAGUCUAGCAAUAGCUUUGUCUGAUUUAGGGUGCACCUGGAGAAAGUUUAGACACCCUUUUGCAGCUUUAUGCCUGAGGGUCUAAGGAAUGUCCAAAUCUGUGUGCGUUAAUCUUUGUGUGUGCUUAAUAAAUGCUGUCGGAAGGCGUCAGCCUGAUGAGAGUGAACUGCAACCCUUGUCUGGUGUGUAUUCUUAUCCUCUCCACUUUGCAAAGUCUAAAUUGAUUGUUUAUGAUUGGUAUUGGUGUUGAUUGACUGAUUACUAUAACCCCCUGUGCUUUAAACUGUCCCUAAGGUAAUCUUGGAUUGAUAAAAUUACCCAACAGUCACUUUGUUAGGUGUCCCUUAUAUACAGUGGGUGUUCAUAAUUAUUACAGUUCCUCUGUAUUCUCCACUGAGAAAAAUAUUUAAAAUAAUAAUACAUAAACAGAACUGAAUGAUUGAAAUGAUGGUUUAGCAACAAGGAAUUGUUCAUUUAUGGCUGAGUUUGUGUUUAAAGGCACGAUGUGUAAGAACUGAGUAAUAGUGACAUCCUGUGGUCA